AUGAAUCUUUUUAAAUAUCUUCUCCUCGGUCUUUCCUACGGCCAAGACACUGAAUCCGACACAAACGCUCCUGCUCCAGAAGAAACUACCGCUGCUGUAACUGAAGUAGUCACUGAUGCUCCCGAUACAAACUCCACCGAACCAGAUGACGGAAACAACAGCCAAUCAACCCUUGGUUUCUCGACUGUUCUCAUGCUCGGUGCCUCCGCUCUGUACAGAUUCUAG